AUGCCCAGUAUCACCAUCGGCCUGCACCAUCCCCAGUUAACACAAUCAGCCGGCAUCAUCCCCAGUUAUCAUCAUCAGCCUGUACCAUUCCCAGUUAUCACCAUCAGCCCGCACUAUCCUCAGUUAUCACCAUCAGCCGGCACCAUCCCCAUUAUCACCAUCAGCCUGCACCAUCCAAAGUUAUCAGCAUUAGCCUGCACAGUCCUCAGUUAUGACCAUCAGCCUGCUCCAUCCCCAGUUAUCACCAUCAGCCUGCACCGUCCCCAGUUAUCACCAUCAGCCGGUCCCAUCACCAGUUAUCACCAUCAGACUGCACCGUCCCCAGUUAUCUCCCUCAGGCUGCACCAUCAACAGUUAUCACCAUCAGUUGGCAGCAUCCCCGAUUAUCACCAUCAGCCGGCACCAUCCCUAGUUGUCACCAUCAGCCUGCACCAUCCCCAUUUAUUACCUUCAGCCUACACCAUCACCAGUUAUCACAUUCAGCCUGCACCAUUACCAGUUAUCACCAUCAGCCUGUACAAUCCCCAGUUAUCACCAUCAGUCUGUACCAUACACAGUUAUCACCAACAGUUGGCAGCAUCCCCGGUUAUCACCUUCUUCUUACACUAUCACGAGUUAUUACUAUCAGCCUACACCAUCCCCAGUUAUCAUCAUCAGCCAGUUCCAUCACCAGUUAUCACCAUCAGCCUGCAGUAUCCCCAGUUAUCACCAUCAGCUGGCACCAGUACCAGUUAUCACCAUCUACCGGCAACAUCCCCAGUUAUCACCAUCAACCUGCACCAUCCCCAGUUAUCACCAUCAGCCUGCAUCAUCCCCAGUUAUCACCAUCAGCCUGCAUCAUCCUCAGUUAUCACCAUCAGGUUGCAUCAUCCUCAGUUAUCACCAUCAGCCUGCACAAUCCUCACUUAUCACCAUCAGCCUGAACCAUGUCCAAUUAUCACCAUCAGCCAGCACCAUCCCCAGUCACCACCAUGUCCAGUUAUCACCAUCAUCCAGCACCAUCCCCAGUCACCACCAUUAGCCUGCAUCAUCCCCAGUUAUCACCAUCAGCCAGCACCAUCUCCAGUCACCACCAUCAGCCUGCUCCAUGUCCAGUUAUCACCAUCAUCCAGCACCAUCCCCAGUCACCACCAUUAG